CUCGCUUCACCCCGACGCCCCGGCGUGCGCGUUCUCCUGCCGGCCUUCAGGCCCGGGGCCUCCGCCUGCUUCCCCGCCGCUGCUCCUCGCGGCCCCGGCUCACGUUCACGCUGUCGCCCGGGCCGGCGCGGCCGCGGGCAACCGCUCCCCCUCCCACACCUACCCCGCCCCCUCCCCGCCUUUUCCGCCCUCCCGUCCCCCUCCCUCGGCCCGCCGCCGCUGCUCCAGAUGAGGUGAUGGCAACGGCCAACUUCGGCAAGAUCCAGAUCGGGAUUUACGUGGAGAUCAAGCGGAGCGAUGGCCGAAUACAUCAAGCAAUGGUAACGUCUUUAAAUGAAGAUAAUGAAAGUGUAACUGUUGAAUGGAUAGAAAAUGGAGAUACAAAAGGCAAAGAGAUUGACCUUGAGAGCAUCUUUUCACUUAACCCUGACCUUGUACCUGAUGAAGAAAUUGAACCCAGUCCAGAAACACCUCCACCUCCAACAUCUUCAGCCAAAGUAAACAAAAUUGUAAAGAAUCGACGGACUGUGGCUUCUAUUAAGAAUGACCCUCCUCCAAGAGAUAACAGAGUGGUUGGUUCUGCACGUGCACGGCCUAGUCAGCUUCCUGAGCAGUCUUCCUCUGCACAACAGAAUGGUAGUGUUUCAGAUAUAUCUCCAGUUCAAGCUGCAAAAAAGGAAUUUGGACCCCCUUCACGUAGAAAAUCUAAUUGUGUGAAAGAAGUAGAGAAAUUACAAGAAAAACGAGAAAAAAGAAGACUACAGCAACAAGAACUUAGAGAAAAAAGAGCCCAGGAUGUUGAUGCUACAAACCCAAAUUAUGAAAUUAUGUGUAUGAUCAGAGACUUUAGAGGAAGUUUGGAUUAUAGACCAUUAACAACAGCAGAUCCUAUUGAUGAACAUAGGAUAUGUGUUUGUGUAAGAAAACGACCACUCAAUAAAAAAGAAACUCAAAUGAAAGAUCUUGAUGUAAUCACAAUCCCUAGUAAAGAUGUUGUGAUGGUACAUGAACCAAAACAAAAAGUAGAUUUAACAAGGUACCUAGAAAACCAAACAUUUCGUUUUGAUUAUGCCUUUGAUGACUCAGCUCCUAAUGAAAUGGUUUACAGGUUUACAGCUAGACCACUAGUGGAAACUAUAUUUGAAAGGGGAAUGGCUACAUGCUUUGCUUAUGGGCAGACUGGGAGUGGAAAAACUCAUACUAUGGGAGGUGACUUUUCUGGAAAGAACCAAGAUUGUUCUAAAGGAAUUUAUGCAUUAGCAGCUCGAGAUGUCUUUUUAAUGUUAAAGAAGCCAAACUAUAAGAAGUUAGAACUUCAAGUAUAUGCAACCUUUUUUGAAAUUUAUAGUGGAAAGGUGUUUGACUUGCUAAACAGGAAAACAAAAUUAAGAGUGCUAGAAGAUGGAAAACAGCAGGUUCAAGUGGUGGGAUUACAGGAACGGGAGGUCAAAUGUGUUGAAGAUGUACUGAAACUCAUUGACAUAGGUAACAGUUGCAGAACAUCCGGUCAAACAUCUGCAAAUGCACAUUCAUCUCGGAGCCAUGCGGUGUUUCAGAUUAUUCUUAGAAGGAAAGGAAAACUACAUGGCAAAUUUUCUCUCAUUGAUUUGGCUGGAAAUGAACGAGGAGCUGAUACUUCCAGUGCAGACAGGCAAACCAGGCUUGAAGGUGCUGAAAUUAAUAAAAGCCUUUUAGCACUCAAGGAGUGCAUCAGAGCCUUAGGUAGAAAUAAACCUCAUACUCCUUUCAGAGCAAGUAAGCUCACUCAGGUGUUAAGAGAUUCAUUCAUAGGUGAAAAUUCUCGUACCUGCAUGAUUGCCACAAUCUCUCCAGGAAUGGCAUCCUGUGAAAAUACUCUUAAUACAUUAAGAUAUGCAAAUAGAGUAAAGGAGUUUGGAAUUAGUCCAUCAGACAUUCCCUUCUCACAGGGUAGUGGCAGUCGCCCUGAUCUCUCUCCUUCUUAUGAGUAUGACGACUUUUCUCCUUCGAUUACCAGGGUGAAAGAAUUGACUGUGGAUCCAACUGCUGCUGGUGAUGUCCGUCCGAUCAUGCACCACCCACCAAAUCAAAUUGAUGACUUAGAGGCACAGUGGGGUGUGGGGAGUUCCCCUCAGAGAGAUGAUCUGAAACUUCUUUGUGAACAAAACGAAGAAGAAGUUUCUCCCCAAUUGUUUACUUUUCAUGAAGCUGUCUCACAAAUGGUAGAAAUGGAAGAACAAGUUGUAGAAGAUCACAGGGCAGUGUUCCAGGAAUCUAUUCGAUGGUUAGAAGAUGAAAAGGCUCUCCUAGAGAUGACUGAAGAAGUAGACUAUGAUGUAGAUUCAUAUGCUACUCAACUUGAAGCUAUUCUUGAGCAAAAAAUAGACAUUUUAACUGAGCUGCGGGAUAAAGUGAAAUCUUUUCGUGCAGCUCUACAAGAAGAAGAACAGGCCAGCAAGCAAAUCAACCCGAAGAGACCCCGUGCCCUUUAAAUCAGCAUUUGCUGCUAAAGGAUCCCCAGAACCCACACUGCUGUAACAUACAAUGGUUCAGCUGUAAGGGCCAUUUGAAAGUUUGAAAUUUUAAGUGUCUGUGGAAAAUGUCUUGUCCCUUCACCUGAAUGACAUUUCAAUUUUGUGAAACACUCCUUUGUCUACAAAAUGCUUCUAGUCGAGGAGGCACAACCAAGAUUUGGGAAUAGUGAAGCAUUUUGUUUCAUUUACCCAGAUAGUGAUUUACUUUUGGAGAUCCUUG